AUGGUGUUCAGUGGUGCUGAUAAAACAACAGAACAUGCUGUCUCCGAGACAGGUGCUGAUAAAACAACAGAACAUGUUGUCUCAAAGACAGGUGCUAACAAAAUAACAAAAUAUACUGUCUUUGAGACAGAUGAUGAUAAAACAACAGAACAUGCUGUCUCUGAGACAGGUGCUGAUAAAACAACAGAAAAUGCUGUCUCUGAGACAGAUGCUGAUAAAACAACAGAACAUGUUGUCUCUGAGACAGAUGCUGAUAAAACAACAGAAAAUGCUGUCUCUGAGACAGGUGCUGAUAAAACAAGAGAAUAUGCUGUCUCUGGGACAGGUGCUAAUAAAACAAGAGAAUAUGCUGUCACUGGGACAGGUGCUAAUAAAACAAGAGAAUAUGCUGUCUCUGGGACAGGUGCUAAUAAAACAAGAGAAUAUGCUGUCUCUGGGACAGGUGCUAAUAAAACAAGAGAAUAUGCUGUCUCUGGGACAGGUGCUAAUAAAACAAGAGAAUAUGCUGUCUCUGGGACAGGUGCUAAUAAAACAAGAGAAUAUGCUGUCUCUGGGACAGGUGCUAAUAGAACAAGAGAAUAUGCUGUCUCUGGGACAGGUGCUAAUAAAACAAGAGAAUAUGCUGUCUCUGGGACAGGUGCUAAUAAAACAAGAGAAUAUGCUGUCUCUGGGACAGGUGCUAAUAAAACAAGAGAAUAUGCUGUCUCUGGGACAGGUGCUAAUAAAACAAGAGAAUAUGCUGUCUCUGGGACAGGUGCUAAUAAAACAAGAGAAUAUGCUGUCUCUGGGACAGGUGCUAAUAAAACAAGAGAAUAUGCUGUCUCUGGGACAGGUGCUAAUAAAACAAGAGAAUAUGCUGUCUCUGGGACAGGUGCUAAUAAAACAAGAGAAUAUGCUGUCUCUGGGACAGGUGCUAAUAAAACAAGAGAAUAUGCUGUCUCUGGGACAGGUGCUAAUAAAACAAGAGAAUAUGCUGUCUCUGGGACAGGUGCUAAUAAAACAAGAGAAUAUGCUGUCUCUGGGACAGGUGCUAAUAAAACAAGAGAAUAUGCUGUCUCUGGGACAGGUGCUAAUAAAACAAGAGAAUAUGCUGUCUCUGGGACAGGUGCUAAUAGAACAAGAGAAUAUGCUGUCUCUGGGACAGGGUGCUGACAGUUUAUCACCAAAUAAUUUGG